AUGACGCCUAAGCUCUUAACCGGCCAACUUAAGCUCUCACCACUUCGUUCAUUCGUGGUGAGAGGGACCAGCCGUUGUCCCAUGUUUAUUCGACCAUUUAGUUCCACUCGAUCCGGACACGUGGUUAUCUCUGGAGAUCCAACACCUAACAUGAGGCAUGCCCAAAGGAACGCAGACUCCCUUGGUGGCUUACGUGCACCUCUAAUCAAUCCUGCCGAUAAAUAUAUGACAAUAGCAGAUGACAUGCAUCGAUAUGGUUCUUGGCUUAUGGGUUGCAUUCCAAAGUACAUACAACAAUUUUCGGUAUGGAAAGAUGAGUUGGUAAUCUACAUUUCCCCGGCCGGAGUGAUACCAGUAUUCAGUUUCCUAAAAUGUAACAACACAGCUGCAGAAUUUACCCAAAUUUCAGAUAUUACUGCCGUUGAUUUCCCUACUAGAGACCAAAGAUUCGAGAUAGUUUACAACAUGCUCAGCGUACGGCAUAACUCCAGGAUUCGAGUCAAAACAUAUGCAGACGAAGUCUCACCAAUUCCCAGCAUCACUAGCUUAUACGAUGGCGCCAAUUGGUACGAGCGGGAGGUGUAUGACAUGUUUGGAGUGUUUUUUGUCGGUCAUCCUGACUUACGAAGAAUAAUGACCGACUAUGGCUUUGACGGCCAUCCUCUGAGAAAAGAUUUCCCUCUGACUGGCUACACUGAAAUUCGAUAUGAUGAGGAAAAGAAAAGAAUUGUAGUGGAGCCAUUAGAAUUAACACAAGCCUUUAGAAAUUUUGAAGGGGGUACUUCGGCAUGGGAGCAAGUUGGGCCUGGUAUUGAUAGGAAACCGGAUACCUUUAAGCUACCGGUAGCAAAGGAUCAAGAAAAAGAGGAGAAAAAGAAGUAG